AUUAUCAUGAAAGCUUAUAAAUCAUUUAAGGCAGUUGUGAAUAGCAAAACCCCACUUGCUUCAGUGUUUGAGGUUCUAGAUUCCUCUUCAGGACAGGUUCAGUCUGAGCAGAAGCAAGGCAGCAUUGUUGCUGUCAUGACUCAGAAGGAACUAGAGUCAGAUCCUCCUGAAUGGUAUAAGAGAUCUGCUGAGAACGAUUCUUUCCUGGCUGAUCUUAAGAAGACCAAGAGUGCAUGGAUUUAUCAUGGCAAUAAUAGAAUCUUACUAGCAACUCAUGAUGAUUCUAAAGAAACCACUGCUGAGAAGAAAUCAAAAGCUUUACGUUCUAUUGCUGUUAAGACAACGCAAGCUUUGAAUGCAAAGAAGGUCACCCAUGCUGCUUUCCAUAUCUCUGAGGAGUUUGAUGCAGACAACAUAAACCAAUUUGUCAAUGCUUCUGUUCUGACCAAUUACAAGUACAAUAAGAAGGAGGAUGUAUUCUCACCAGAUACGACUGAGGAGGAGAAAUUGGAGAAAACAGUACAUCCUCAGUUGCUAGAAAAUAUUCAAUUUUGUACGCCACAAUCCUUGUCUGAGUCCCAGUUAUCAGAGACUGAGUUCUAUAUCACUGCUGCUAAGUCAGCCCUCUUCGGUAGAGACAUCAUCAACGUUAGAGGGUCAGAGGCAGACCCUGACUUUAUGGAGGAACAGAUUAGAAAUGUAGCUGAAGGCAAGAACAACAUCACAGAUAUUCAUAUGAUUAAAGGUCAGGAGUUGCAGCAGCAAGGCCUUAAUUUAUUCUAUAAUGUAGGCAAAUCUGCCCAGUCAGAUCCCAGACUGGUCAGUGUGUAUUAUAAAGGAAAUCCAGAGUCUGAUCAGACUGAUUAUGCCAUUAUUGGCAAAGGCCUUACUUAUGACACCGGAGGUCUGAAUCUCAAGCCCACUGGAUAUAUGGAAGAUAUGUACAUGGAUAAAGGAGGAGCAGUAGCUGCUCUUGGAGCUUUAAAAGGAGCUAUUGAGCUUGAACUACCUGUCAAUGUUGCCUUUACCUUCGGAAUAGCAGAGAAUGCGAUUGAUUCUAAGUCCUACAAACCUGGAGAUAUUCUCACCAGUCUCAAGGGUUUGACCGUUAAUGUUGGAAAUACUGAUGCUGAAGGAAGACUUGUGCUUGCAGACUCAAUGACUUGGACACAAAGAAAAUUUAAUCCCAAUCACAUGAUUGAUCUUGCUACUCUUACUGGAGCUGUUAUGGUUGCUCUAGGUAACAAUAUUGCUGGUAUCUUCACCAACGAUGAUGAGUUCAUGUCAAAAUUUAAGAUUGCAGGAGACUCUGUGUAUGAAAAUCAUUGGCACUUGCCAAUUAAUGAUGAUCAUAGAGAGAUCAUGAAGCAUGAUAUUGCUAAUCUCAGUAAUUCUGGCAAAUCCAGAUAUGCUGGAUCUAGCACAGCUGCUGCAUUCCUCGAGAACUUUGUUGAGAAAGACACUAAAUGGGUCCAUUGCGAUCUCGCUGGACCAGCUUACUUGGAUAAGCCAUUUGAAGCAAUGCCAGCUCAUGGAACUGGCUUUGGAAUCCAAACGCUAUUGAAGAUGCUUAAGGACCAUUAAUCUGCUCAACUCCAAGAGUUUAUUCAAUCUGA